AUGCAGACGCCCGGGCCGUCGACAAAAUGCAACGACGCCAAGCCCAUGUUUGACCCACCAGGAACGCGAAGCCUGAUCAACCAAGCAGAUCACGACAUUGCAAUUCAGCUGACCAAGAACAAUGCAGUUGGCGUGGGAGCGCUUCGGCUAUUGCUUUUCGUUUCUCGCAAGCUGGGCGGCAAUCCAAAUGAGCUGUUGCAGCCAUUUUUGCGGUACCGUGAUGACGAAUCGGGUGACUUCGACGAUGGCGAGCAACCUUCUGGUGACGAUUACGGCGUGGACGGCGACGACAACGAACAGGGCGGCGAGUUAGUACCCCCUGUAAAGCGCGCUGUUUCAUCAGUUUCGCAUGGUGCCGAGUUGGAAGCACCCACACCAAAGCGUCCAGUACCAUUGAACGAUGAUGCCAUGGUUGACCGACGCUUGGCCAGAAUGGCAAAACAAUUGCUAUGA